GCUUUAUAUAUCAUAUACUGUAAUAUGCAAAAUUAUUCAAAAAAAGUUAAUUCUAAAACAUACAUCAAAAAUGUUUCUUUCGCUAAAAAGUUUAAUAUUCAUUGUCUCUUCAUUUUUUAUUGUCUGCCAAAUUCAGGCUGACAAGACAUAUGAAUUGCAAUUACAUAAAUAUUUAGUAGGAAAUAUAGAUACUAAAUAUGGUAUACUUAAACAAGAUUUGAAAAAAGGAACAGAUAAAUAUUCAUUUAAUAAUCCUAUCAAUAGCACUAGUAAAGAUGGAUUAAAUAUGGAUAUUGCUUUCAAAAAAGGCUAUAAAUAUUCCGGAGUUUAUUUUUGUAGAAAAGAAAAAAUGGACUUUUUUAAAGAACUUCAAAGAAAAAUAUUAUUCAAUGGUUUCACAGGUGCCAAAUGUCCUUUGCCAGCGAAUAAGGAUAUGCUGAUAAAAGAUAAAUUUUCAUUUAAAAUAAAAUCCAAGGAUGAUAUUUCUGGUAACAUAUUGAUUACUAUUUAUUUUGAAUUUUGGGAAGCAUAUGAAAGAACAAUGCGUUAUGAUUUAAUAGGAACAGCGAAAGCAAUAUAAAAUUAAUUUUCAUUUUUAAGUUUCUUUUAAAGGGAAAUUUUUGAAUUUUUUUGUCGAGAAUUUCGAUAAAAAAAAAAAUAUAUUGAUUGCACAAUUA